CAGGAGAGAGAUAGGCGGCGACUGGGACCUAGACGGAGCGGGUUUUCACGACCUCCCGCUCCCUGAAAGCAGCAGCAGAGGCGCUCCAAGUCACCUUAGGAUCUGACGCGGAAGUUUCUUGGCGCUUUCCAGAAACUCAGAUAGCAGAAACAGACUUCUUGGAUGGGACGGUGUCCUUUAGUGGUGCCCGCAGGAUUGCCCCCUCUGGCGAGUUACCUCCUUUGCUCGUGACUGUGCGGAAGUGGGUCUGGGAGGGGAAAGGCGGCAAUGAGAGAGGUGAACGUCUGGACCUCGACGACGCGUGUCUGUGCGUCUUAAAAGCGCGCGCGAGAGCGGGGAAAGUUGGGCGUGCGUGUGAAUAUACUUGAGACGGCUUUGGACCCCAGGAUCUGGAGUGUAUGUCCUUUUCUGGAUUCCAGCCGAGUGACUCGGGUUGCCCCGACUCUGUGGCCGGACCCUUGCGGGGCUCGCUUUCUCGACAGCCACUCGGGUUGCGAGAGCCUCGCCAGGUAAGCAGGAAGUGCUUCUCCUCGGCCGCCUGCGCCCAUCCUCCGGCACCUGAGGGCCAGGGCAGCCCCGGCGCUCGGCCCCGCUCCUAGAAAAGAUCGCGCAGGGCUGAGUCCUGGCCAAAGUUGCCCACGGGAAAGCGGAGGAGAGCUCGUCCGCGUUACUUAGGCAUGGCGCCUGACGAGAUCGCUGGGCGAAGACACGUUUGGGGCGCUCGAUCAUCGCACCUUCGUUUUGCUCAUCUGGUUCCCGCCCCCCGAAUUCUGAAUUAAUGCUGGGAUGGUGCACUUAAGGAAGAUUGAAUUUGUGCUCUGACUUCUGAAGAGUAAGCUAGCUGUAUACAGCAAGAUGCAGGAAUCUCUGGAAGUGACCCUUCCUAAUAAACAAGAGGAAGAUGAGAAAGACCAGCCUACUGAUAUGGAGUACCUUAACUCUCGCUGCGUCCUUUUCACUUACUUUCAGGGUGAUAUUGGGUCAGUAGUGGAUGAACACUUCUCAAGAGCUUUAAACCAAGCUAGUCGCUUCAGCCCAGAGACUGCCAUUUCAAAAAGCAAGUCAGGGCUACGGAGAGAGAAUGCAACAAUCGCAAGCCAGAGGAGUGGUUUCCCAGCUUCGUUUUGGACCAGCUCUUAUCAAACUCCACCUCCACCAUGCUUAAGUGGAGUUCAUCAUGACUUUCCUGUUACUGCACCAGGCACCUUCUCAGCAGCAGAUCCCAGCAGCUGGCCAGGACAUACUCUGCAUCAGACUGCUCCACCUCCUCCGCCGAGUAUGCCAGAAUCUUGGCAUUAUCCAUUAGCAUCUCAGGUGAGCCCUUCAUAUGGACACAUGCAUGAUGUAUACAUGCACCGCCACCAUCCUCAUGCACACAUGCAUCAUCAUCACCACCCGACUUCGCACCUUGACCCACGGUACAGAUCUUUGCUGAUGCCUUCAGUAUGCGCAGGCAAGAUUCCUCCACCACAGUGUGAUGCAACAAAGACAGAUCCUACUGCUGUCACCAGUGCUACCUCAGCAUGGGCAGGAGCCUUCCAUGGAACAGUUGACAUUGUGCCAACUUUUGGGUUUGACGCAGGCAUCCAACAUCAGGACAAAAGUAAGGAGACAUCAUGGUUCUGAAGUACCAAAAAAUGGAUUUUACCAGUAACCAGUGUUAAAAGAGUUCCCAUCUUGUGAAGGAGAUACUACAGUAUUAUUGUUUUUUACUGUUUCUUUACAGUGGCAAUAAACAUUAUACUAAGCAGAUGAUGAGCAAACCAGCCAUAUGUUUUUUGGAUGGAGCCUUUACCUCCAGAAGGUCAUUUUAAAGUCCCAGGACAUUAAGAAAAAAAUAGAAAACCUUUCUUUUGUAUAUCAUUUGUCAUCUGAGCCUGCUGAAGCAUUUCUCCAAUCUAA